GACGUAGUGGUCUGGGUCCACCAUAUUGUCUCUGAUACAGCAGAAAUCUCACAUCAGAACGUACAUACCGGCGACGGUCUGAAAUCUGACCAUUUGGAUUGACAACUCAUCUUCAAGGGAAACAUUUCGUUCGUCUCACUGACCACGGGGCAACGACCACCUGCCCCUGGUGCCCCCUCCCUUGUCCUCUAGUAACCCCUUCCCCAUUCCCCUUCCCUUUUUCAAUCAAACCCUACAUCCCCAACCCUCCCUUAAACCCAUCCUUUUCGGCUGCUGAGAGAACCCUCCACCCACUCUGCCAAGCUGUCGGACAUGUCAGGACCUGUGCCAAGCCGGGCCAGGGUGUACAAUGAGGUCAACACUCACCGGCCGAGGGAGUACUGGGACUACGAAUCCCACGUAGUGGAAUGGGGCAACCAAGAUGACUUUCAGCUGGUGCGAAAGCUAGGCCGUGGCAAGUAUAGUGAAGUCUUUGAGGCAAUCAACAUCACCAAUAAUGAGAAGAUUGUCGUGAAGAUCCUCAAGCCUGUGAAGAAAAAGAAAAUAAAGCGGGAGAUCAAGAUUUUGGAGAAUCUACGAGGAGGCCCUAAUAUCAUCUCCCUUAUAGACAUUGUGAAGGACCCUGUGUCUCGUACACCUGCCUUGGUUUUUGAACAUGUUAACAACACUGACUUCAAGCAAUUGUACCAAACUUUGACCGAUUAUGACAUCCGGUUCUAUAUGUAUGAGAUCCUUAAGGCCCUGGACUAUUGUCACAGUAUGGGAAUCAUGCAUAGAGAUGUCAAGCCACAUAAUGUGAUGAUUGAUCAUGAGCACCGCAAGUUACGCCUUAUUGACUGGGGCCUGGCAGAAUUUUACCACCCAGGACAGGAGUACAACGUCAGGGUUGCCUCACGCUACUUUAAAGGACCAGAGCUCUUAGUGGACUAUCAGAUGUAUGACUACAGCCUAGACAUGUGGAGUUUGGGUUGUAUGCUGGCAAGCAUGAUCUUCAGGAAAGAGCCUUUCUUCCACGGCCACGACAACUAUGACCAGUUGGUGAGAAUAGCCAAGGUUUUGGGAACAGAAGACCUAUACGACUACGUUGACAAGUACAACAUUGAGCUAGAACCUCGCUUCAAUGAUAUACUUGGAAGACAUUCUCGUAAGAGGUGGGAACGGUUUGUCCACAGUGAAAACCAGCAUCUGGUCAGCCCAGAAGCUCUGGAUUUCCUCGAUAAGCUGUUGCGCUACGAUCACCAAGCCCGGCUGACUGCCCGUGAGGCCAUGGAUCACCCGUACUUCUUCCCUAUUGUAAAGGACCAGUCUCGUGGUGUAGCUGGAGUCGCCAAUCUACCCGGUGGGAACCCGGCUGUUAGCACAGCCAGCAUUAUCACUGGUGUCUCUGCCUUGCCAGCUUCUACUGCCCUGGGCCCACUCACCGGUUCGCCUGUCCUGUCUGCCGCCACCAAUGCUCUGAGCUCCCCAGUGCCCACUGCUGCCGGAGCCCCUCAGUGACACGCUCAGGUGCAACUCUACCAGCUCUUUCUCCAUCCAACCUCUGUGUGGCCAAGCCUCAUCAAAACUUGAGUGUUUAUUUGAAAAGUAUGUUCUUCCUUUUCUCUUCCUCUUUUUAGUUGAACAUUCAUAUGACAUCUGAAAUGAAUGUCUUGCGUGGAUGAAAUAAAGGGAGUCCUCGGGUUACUAUGUCCUCGACAUAAAGUCCCCUGCACCAUAGUUACUGCUUAGCCAGCACACAGUGCUUGGCUGCGUUUGUGUGUCGGGAGUAUCUUUGACUUUUUCGCUCACCUUUUUUCAUAUUAUAGCCCGGAAAGAAGAAAGGCGGGUCUUCAAUGUUCAGCCAAAAGAAUAGCAUUUACCAUGGAAACGAAGCUCCACAUCACAUAAUGAUAUGAGAAGGAGAGACGCUGGUAAAGAUAUGCUGCGUUCAGACCAAAGUUUAACCGUCGCACAAAAACGCCUUGCUCAUCGCCAAAUGCAGUUUUAUGUUCACACAAAAGGUUCACAAAACCUAAAAAUAAGGACAGUAAUGUAAAUGACUCGGACAGCAUGUAUGCUUUAGGUUGCAAUGUUGAUGUGUUGAGUGCUGUUUUUUAGGCUGUCCCUAAACGCACCAUGUGUCAGACUGUAGUGUGAGAGGGAGGAGCGGAAGAAUUGGUUUUGUUGGCUACGGCCAAUGUUCCCUCUAAGCUGCGUGCGUGCGCAAUCGCGCACUGCUAGCGCAUGCUCAGCGCACAAGAUAAAAUCUAUGCAGCGCACAAUAAUUAACAAAAACGUAUCAUAGUGUCACUAGGACUACUGUCCGCGCCGCAGUGAUGUGUCAGCGCGACACUCCUAUUGGUGCGUUCGAUACGGCAGCAUGACGCUCCCAUUGGUGGGUUACUACUCCAUGAUUGUAUAUAGUAGUGAGGUGGGGGGGUGAGGUGAGGUGGGUGCGGGGAAAAAUAAAGAGUAAAAAGUCAGCUAGACUGUUUUAUUGAAGCAACAUUCCGCUGCCAGUUAUUGCAAGUGUCACAGUAUUAAUGAAUAUCUAAUAAUAGAACUGAUAUAAUCUAGUUAAUUAGGCAAAAUUGUUUUCUGUACCAUUUUCCAAUGUAACUCAAUGAGCAACAGGUGUCUAGCCAAUAAUACGAUAGUUCACUUACGCUACGCAGCCAAUCAUAGCAGUGACCUAUUGUGCAUAUGUGCCCUGACCAAACAUGCCAUGCAGGUUAGUUAGCUAACAACAGUGCAGCAGAGUUAAGAGACACAAAUGCUAACCCCUUAUAAUGGUGAAAGGAUCAGGCAGCGAUACUGCACUCAUCAAGCCAAAGUAUAAAAAAAAAAAAAAAAGCAGUUCUUUUAAGAUGGAAUGGCUGUCGGAGUAUGUGCAAAUAGAAAAACAAACAGUGAAACUUUUUUUAAGCCUGUCCUGUAUAGCUUAGACACGGACAAUAGGAAUCUUCAGUGUCCUUAUUGUAUGAACAGUUUUAAUGUGGGAGUUUGAUAUACUGUACUCCCAUUUUGGUCGUUCAUUAUGUUUUAUUUAUUAACUCAACCAUGUCACAACUGCUCCUUACCCAGGCCAAAGCAGGACUUUUCUUUUGGUUAAAGCAGGACUCUCACAUAUAACGUAGUACACAUCUCACGAACAACAAGAUUUUUGUCUUUUUCAUUUUAAGUGGGCCAACUCAAUUACAUUAAAAGUAAACUAAUGAAAAUAUCUGCUGUAAUUUCAUUAUUUUAACAAGCUAUGUAACUUGCUAUAAUCCAAGGUUUUGAACAGGCGUAAGACUGGUGUGUGGCCCAGCGUACACAUCUGAUGUUGCUCACAGUGGUCCUCAGUGUGCUCAGGGAGCUUGUGUGUCUGCUCUGACACAUGAAAAAUUAGAGGGAACAUUGGCUACAGCCUAGUACAACCCCUAGCAAAAAGUAUGGAAUCACCAGUCUCAGACGAGCACUCACUCAGACAUUUUAUCAUGUAGAACAAACUCAGAUAAAAGCUUGAAAAAAUAAUGAAUUAGUUCAAAAGUGCAACUCUUUGGCAUUCAGAAACAAUAAAAGAAAUGAAUAAAACAUCGUGGUGGUCAGUAAAUGUUACUUUUAUAGAGCAAGUGGAGGGAAAUAAAUAAUCACUCCAUUCUGAAGAAAAAAUAUGGCAUCACUCCGUUUUAAGUAGAAGAUACAGACACACCCAGUCAAUUUCCUUUCCUUAAUUGGGCCCCUACCACAGAUUAGAUCUGCUCGUUCGUCAGCAGUUAAAAACAGUGCAGUUAUCACACCUUGGAGGGCUGCUGGACCAAGUGGAUUCACAAGAAUCAUGGCUCCAACUUGAGACCAAGAAGAGGUAUAUCAAACUUCUUGAAGAAGGUAACGCUACACGUAUGGUUGCCAAAGAUGUGGGCUUUUCACAGUCAUCUGUAUCAAAAAUCUGGAUCAAGUACAAACAGCAUGGCAAGGUUGUUAAAGUUAAGCAUACUGGUAGACAUCCAAACGUCAUGACAAACAACUAAAGGCCAUAUGUCUUGAAAACAAGAUGUACAACAAGACAAAUGAAGAAAUGGGAGGAAGCUGGAAUCAAGGUAUGUGACAGAACUGUGUAAAAUUGCCUAAAGGAAAUGGGAUUUUCAUACAGGAAAGCUAAAAGGAAACCAUUAUUGACACUUAAACAGAAAAGAACGACUGCAAUGGGCUCAGGAGAGGCAAUCAUGGACUGUGAAUGACUGGAUGAAGGUUAUUUUCAGUGAUGAGUCAAAAAUCUGCAUUGGACAAGUUGAUGAUGCUGGAACUUUUGUUUGGUGCCAGUGAGAUUAACAAAGAUGACUGCCUGAAGAAAACAUCAAAAUUCCCUCGGUCCUUGAUGAUAUGGGGCUGCAUGUCAGGCAAAGUCACUGGAGAGAUGGCUGUGACUAAAUCUUCAUUAAAUGCACAAGUUUACAUUGAAAUUUUAGACAGCUUUCUUAUCCCUUCAAUUGAAAAUGUCAUUUUCCACGAUGACAAUGCAUGCCACAGAGCUAAAACUCUUAAAGCAUUCCUUGGAGAAAGACUCAUCCAGUCAAUGUCAUGGCCCGCAAACAGCCCAGAUCUCAACCCUAUUGAAAACCUGUGGUGCAAAUUGGAAAACAAAAGUGGUCCACAGCAAGGCUCUGACCUGCAAGGAUGAUUUGGCAACUGCACUCAAAGAGAGUUGGCACCAAAUUGAUGAAGAAUACUCAUCAAGUCCAUGCCUCAGAGACUGCAAGCUGUCAUGAAAGCCAGAGAUGGUGCCUUCAUACUAGAGAUGUGUUUUGAUUGCUAUUUCUUUGUUUGUUUCUCAUGAUUGCAUAUAUUUUUCCUCUGAAUGGAUUGAUUGUAUAUUUCCCUGCACUUGCUCUAUAGAAGUAACAUUUACUGACCACCACAAUGUUGUUUUAAUUCAUUUCUUGUUUCUGAAUGCGAAGGAGUUGCACUUUUGAACUAAUUCAUUAUUUUUCUGAAUGCGAAGGAGUUGCACUUUUGAACUAAUUCAUUAUUUUUCCAGCUUUUUAUCUGAGUUUGUUCUACAUAAUAAAAUGUCUGAGUGAGAGUCCGUCCGAGACUGGUGAUUCCAAACUUUUUGCUAAGGGUUGUAUAGUUGUGUUCUUUGCUUUCAGUCGCAAAUAAACCAAUGAAAACCUUAACUCUCCGUCCACUUCUUAGCAGUAAUGGUAGGUACAGUAUAUUUUUGAUUUUAUUGUAUUUUAUUCAUACUAAAUAUUUUGACGUAAAUUUUUACUUUAACAGUGAAAUCUGAUUUACGUGGAAAUUCUGGUCACGUCACCAGCGUCACUAGUUCGUAACUCGUGGACUCCCUAUAAUUAUAUUCCUGUCUACAAAUGCACUCACGCAUUCAAGGAGGAAGCGGUGUUAUCCAUGGUUAUGUCUAGUUUUUGUUAGGAUGAUGUAGUACUUUAAGAAGUACAUUGGCAGAAGGCAAACGAGCGGUAUUCACCAUCAGGACCAAAAGAAUCAAAUCUCGAAUAAUGCCUCGCUUCCAAUAACUAGCAACACUUUGAGUGACCGGUGCUGUAUUGGUCUCCAGAUGUUUGACAGGAACGCUCGAUUAGUCCUACAAAAGCAUUGAGUCAUACUCGCUAAAACAUUUGAGACCAAACCAUCCCAUUGUUGAACGACCUCACACAGACACUCGCACACUGUUCUGGACUGCUAGAUGCAGCCCGUUCGUCGGGAGUAAGUAAUAGAUGCUGCUUUCUAGUUCCUUGAAGUAUUUCAAGACGUAACCAAAGUUUACCCUAUUCAUUGGAGAGAAGAAUGGAACAAAACCUGGUUUGAGUUCUCAAUUAAAGGUCUUUAAACACCGGGGGUGUUUUUUUUUUUUUUUUUAAUUUUCUCGUUCUUCAUGCAAAUCAUUUGCUCAUUAACUGUGGUGAAAGAAGAACAGUAAAAGUUUGAAUCACGGCCAAGAAAACUUCCUCUAGAAGGAGUUGUGAAUUUUUGAUGAUGUGGAGUUGCUAGUUGAGACAAACAAAUGGAGUGAAUGCUUUAGAGCCCUUUGUACUGCACAGACUACCCAAAGUACUUUUGGGCAUUGGAGAAAAUAUUACAGUAAUAUGGUGGUGCAAAUGUAUAGCUAAAAAUGUGUAUUGCCAUUUUCAGAAGUUCUUAUGCAUGGCAGGUGAGUGGGUUGCAUUAAUGUUUGUGGCCACGCCCCCGAUGUGUGAAAACCUUUAUGGGUUAAGGCUGAAAAUGUGAGUAUUCAUAGCAGUUUAUUCCAAUAAUCAUUCAUGGCACGUGAGUGAAAUGCUGUUAAAUUUUGAGUAAAACUCGGCAGUUCAGUGAAGUGUCAGCGUGGCUCUGUGAUGGCAUAGUUUGACGUUCACCAACUUGUUCAAGUCAAAAAUGCUGAAUAGCACUUGAAGGAGGUUAUUCUCCCAUGUUCUUGUGCCACAGUUUGAAAGUAACUUUCUGAUCCUGUUGUACAUCUUUUGUAAACAUGAAAAUGCAAAUAAAUCAAAGUGUGUACAUUGAGUCCCUACACCACUGUAUAUAUUUUUAUGUCCUUAUGUAGAAGACUAGUAUUUGAAAAUAUUUGUGUAAAUAAACAGUUUUAUUUAUCAGGAACCUGGUGGUGUUGU